CGGGAAGUUGGCAAACGGGAUCUGUGAGCGCGUUGCUCAAAUUUCACCGCAUCCUUUCCAUUUUAUUUUCGCAUCCUACUUCAGUGAAAGGUGUGUGCCAUCAUGACUGCGGGACUGGAGAAGGCAUUCCACCGCUGUCUGCAGAGGAUAGCCAGCAAUGCGUACUUUGUGAUGGGACUGCUGGCGUUCUUGGCCUUACCUCUGACCAUGGCCCUCGUGGGUGCUAAGAGUAUUGAUGACUGCCCCAUCCAGCCCAUGAUCCCCCUCUACCUCCUCAUCGGGGGCGUCGUCGGCAGCCUCAAGGUCUCCCUGCUCCUGUACGACAUCAUGCACAUGCGUUCGCUCAUCUCCAAGUCGGUGGUGAUCGGUGACGACGAUGCUGACGAGUAUCCAUGGCGACACAACGCGCCGCGCUACUACGUGCACGUGCUGCUCAGCUGUUUCCUCCUGAUCUGGUUCCUGCUGGCCAACUACUGGGUGUUCUCGGUCUACACUCCGCCGUUCAUCGCUCCGUUCCACCAGCCUCUCCUCUACUGUCGCCAGGCGCUGUACGUCUUCGCCGUGUUCGUACUGGUCCUCAGCCACUCUGUGCUGGUGGUGCUGCUCUGCUGCGGAGCCUGGAUCAGGAUCUGCUCUCGACUCACGGUCACCACGCGACGAGACGACUACCACGGGGACGAUGACAGCCCAUAA